CUGCUUCAGGGAGCUGUGCUCGGAGGAUAUCGUGUACACCCUCCAGGCACAAUGGCAGCUGCAAGGCUAUCGCCUACGGCGAACCUGCUACGAAAAUCUCGGCUUUUUGCUCUACCGCCUGCAUUGUCGCCUCCUCAGGAUCCGGCAACGUCGAAGACCGUCUUCGAGUCCGAUACCGCGACACUUCCGUAUCCUAUCCGAGCUUCUAUCGAAACUCCAGCCUCAUCGCGCGCCAGAGGAGAUUGGGGUCUGAAGCGUCCUCUUCCGGCGAAGGCUACGACUGACAAAUCGUCGAGACCGAUUGUGCGAGUCAAGGCGAUUGAUACAUUUGAACAUGUUACCGACUUCGAAUCCGCUGCGGAUCAUACAGUGACCCUGGAGAAAUUCCAGGAGUUGCAUAUGCCCAUGUCUCUGCCCGCAAAGAUCAAUUACGCGAAUGCUCUUAUCCCAAGACACCAAAGUCCUUUCGAGAACCUGGUCGACAACACUGAGAACAGCGAAAGUCUGAAUGAACCUGGAGCCAAGCAGUUCCGACACUCGGGACCAUGGCUUGCCGGGCAGACCGAGACUGAAUUCCAGGCAUAUCUGCACAGAAUUCAGCGAAGGAGACCUGAGCUGCUGCAGAAGCUCCGGGAGCGUCUAGUCGCGAAGCGAACCAGCGAGCGAAGAAAACAAGCCCAGGACAACGGCGAGGACCUCGAGGGUCUCGAUCAGCCUGUCCAGGUGACAGAGGAGGAGUUCCAGAACUACGUCAAAUCUCUUCGAUCGGACCCUCUGGCUCUGGGUCCGGUGGUCUUUGAGCUUCUUGACCUUCCCUCACCACCAGCCGUCCCCAGUGACCGGAUCGGCUCCCGAUACUAUCAGUCCCCGGGGACCAAGUUGUCUUCUCCCGAGUACGCCAUCUCCGGUCCUCCCAAGACCCAUCCUUCUGCUGGUCUUUCCUACACGCGAUCGCACGCCCUUCUAUACAACCACCCGAAGUAUGGUCCGCAAACAUACCAGCGUCCGGUUGAGGCCCGUAUCCUCCGUCCUAAGGGACGUUUCAAGGGCAGAAUGUCGAAGGCCAUUGCCGGUAUCGGUGGUAUUGCAGUUGAGGAUCUCAAUGCCAUGACUUUCGCCGAACAGAGCGGUCCUCCCGGCUUGAGCUACUUCGAUGCCUCAAUUCCUGGUGGUGCUAAGUACUGGGUCACUCCAGUGCGAGCCUCCGUGGACUCUGAGGGCCGGAUUGGCCUGGCUUCCUAUCGGGCCACCGCUUCCUCCAAGGCGCCGUACGGAAUUAGCGACUACAAGAAGCCUUCCCUCACGAGCGUUUCUGAUACGAUCCGCGGUGUUGAAUCUCGCAUGGUCCCUCGCCUGGACCGACUUUCUCCCCGACAGCCCCGUUUCAACGAGAGCGACGAGCCUGUUGCGACGAAGCAACCAGUUCGAGAGACGGAAGAUAUUGCUCGGAGCCUUAUGAGGACCCUCAGCUCCUCUUAGUUAUCUGAUGUGACGAUUGCAAGCGGGCGUAGAAUCACGGGGGGCAUAUAUGGUUGGCUGUACGAUAGACGGCAAAUGUAAAGCUACUCCUAUAAACUAUAGUUUCAUUCUCCUCUAUUUGAAUAAAUUAAAGCAUUUUACAGUUACAGA